ACUUAAAACUACCCACAUCUUCUUCUUCUUCAAAAAAACUACUCUCUCUGCUAUCUCACUCUCUGCAACUUCUCGUUGCAGAGAAACCGAAACCGAAAUUCUCUCUCCCAAUGAAUCAGAAGUGAUCGCCAUUGUCACAAACUUCAUCAUAAUGGUUCUUCCACUUCGAUCAAUGGUUUCAUUAUUCACGAUCACGAUCUUCUUCUUCGUCUUCGGUUCCUUCUCGUACGCUCUCAACUCCGACGGACUUUCACUCCUUGCAUUGAAAGCCGCAAUCGACGCCGAUCCCAGCGGAGUUCUCGAAUCUUGGUCGGAGUCCGAUACGACUCCGUGUCGCUGGCGGGGCGUGCUCUGCACGCUCGGCCGCGUCACCGAUCUCUACCUCCCAAACAAGGGCUUCUCAGGCUACAUUCCGUCGGAACUCGGCCGUCUCGACUCGCUCAAGCGACUCAGUUUGGCCCACAACAACUUCUCCCGGCCCUUUCCUCUCCACCUCUUCAAGGCCACCGGCCUCAUUGUCCUGGACCUGUCACGGAACUCCCUCUCCGGCCCAAUCCCGGCCCAGAUCGCCGACCUCAAGGCUCUCAGACACCUCGAUUUCUCCUCCAACCUCCUCAACGGCUCUCUCCCCGACUCCCUCGGCGACCUCCAGAGCCUCGUCGGAACCCUAAACCUCUCCUACAACCGAUUCUCCGGCGGCAUUUUUUUUCCUCCGUCGUACGGACGAAUCCCUGUCCUCGUGAGCCUCGAUCUCCGGCACAACAACCUCACCGGAAAAAUCCCUCAGGUCGGAUCGCGGCUGAACCAAGGCCCGACGGCGUUCACCGGAAACCCAAGCCUCUGCGGAUUCCCUCUCGAGACUCAGUGUCCGGAGGCGCAAAACCCCAAUCUCUCGAGGAGCUCGACCGGCGGGGAAGAAAACCCUCAGAAGCCUCUGAAGUCGAUCCCUCGCUUAGGCGAGCACGGAGAUGGCGACGCCGGUGGAAAUUCCGGCAGCUCCGUGACGGUUCCGAUAAUCUCCGGCGUAUCGGUGGUGAUCGGCGCCUUGUCGGUGACUGUGUGGCUGUUCCGAAGAAAAUGGAACGCCGGUGAGGGUAAAAAUGGAAGUAAUGAGAAGAAGGCGGAGGUAAAUCAUGAGGUGGCGGAGGAGGAGGGGCAAAAGGGUAAAUUCGUGGUGGUGGACGAGGGUUUUAGUUUGGAUUUGGAGGAUCUGCUGAGGGCGUCGGCUUACGUGGUGGGGAAGAGCAGGAACGGGAUUGUUUACAGAGUGGUGGCCGGAGGGGGGAAGGGAUCGGGUGCGGCGCCAACCAUCGUAGCCGUCAAGAGGCUCAGCGAGGGAGACGCCACGUGGAGGUUUAAGGACUUCGAGGCAGAGAUGGACGCCAUCGGUAGGGUCCACCACCCCAACAUUGUGCGGCUGAGGGCGUAUUAUUACGCAAACGAUGAGAAGCUUCUCGUCAGUGACUUCAUCCGCAAUGGGAGUCUGUACAUCGCGCUACACGAGGGACCUUCCAAUUCUUUACCACAAUUAUCAUGGUCAGCGAGGUUAAAAAUUGCUCAAGGAACUGCUAGAGGUUUAAUGUACAUACACGAGUACACUCCUCGGAAGUAUGUCCAUGGCAGCCUCAAAUCAACAAAGAUCCUUCUUGACGAUGAUCUCCAGCCUUACAUAUCAGGAUUUGGACUAACCCGUCUUGUAUCAGGUUCCUCCAAGUUCACCACUUCAGCAUCUAGAAAACAGAACUCAAGCUCUUCCAUUGUAACAUCUGGCUUGAAAGUUUCAGCUCCUUCGACCGUUUACCUGGCCCCUGAGGCUCGGAACUCUGGCAGCAAGUUCACACAGAAGUGUGACGUUUAUUCUUUUGGUGUCGUGCUAUUAGAGAUUUUGACAGGAAAGCUGCCAGAUGAGGGCCCCGAGAAUGAUGGCAAGGGACUAGAGGGUUUUGUUAGGAAGGCGUUUAGGGAGGAAAGACCAUUUUCUGAGAUUAUCGACCCUGCGCUUCUGCAUGAGGUUCACGCAAAGAAACAGGUCGUGGCAGCAUUUCAUAUUGCCCUUAAUUGUACAGAAAUUGACCCGGAGAUUCGUCCCCGGAUGAAGACUGUUUCGGAGAGUCUUGAUCGAAUCAGACUGCAAUGAAAAGUGACCAAGAUUUGAGAGAAAGGUGUAAAGCUUUUUUGUUUCUUUUUUGCCAUCUGUGAUUGUUGCUAGAAGUAUCCUACGACUUAGGAGAGUCGCUUGGAUAUCUUUUUGUUCAGUGCAUUGCAGUUAGGAAAGCCGGGUUAAGAUGUAUUUUUCCUCCAGGACUAGUGGUUAAUCCAACAUUAGCUCAAUGGAUUUUCCCAUUUUCCUACAGAACUU